AUGGCCACUUUCCAGGAUCGUGCUCAGCACGCCAUAGCUCAGCUUGACAAGGAGCUGUCCAAGUACCCUGUCCUCAACAACCUGGAACGUCAGACCUCGGUCCCAAAGGUCUAUGCCAUUCUGGGCCUGGUCGGCAUCUACUUCUUCCUCGUUUUCUUUAACAUCGCUGGCUCGUUCCUGGUUAACCUGGCGGGUUUUCUUAUCCCUGGCUACUACUCGUUGAACGCAUUGUUCACCACCGGAACUGCAGAUGACACGCAGUGGUUGACCUACUGGGUGGUCUAUGCCCUCUUCACUGUUAUUGAGAGCGCCAUUAAUGCCCCCUACUGGUUCCCCUUCUACUACCUCUUCAAGUUCGCCCUCAUCCUCUGGAUGUCUCUUCCCCAGACCAACGGCGCCCAGGUCGUUUUCCACUCCUUCCUCCAGCCUGUGCUGGGCCGCUUCUUCACUGGCGGAUCCACCUCGGCCAACCUUCGGGCCCAGGCGGCUGAUGCCACCAAGGCGCAGUAA